CGGCCCGAACCGGCCCGAACCGGACCGGACCGGCCAUGGCGCCGGCGGCCCGUCCUGCCUACCGGAUGUGCCUCCUCAUGGCGGCCUUGGCGGCGGGGGCGGAGGCAUUACAGUGUUUCUGCCACCUCUGUACAAAAGACAACUUUACGUGUGUAACAGAUGGACUCUGCUUCGCCUCAAUAACCGAGACGACAGAUAAAGUGAUUCACAAUAGCAUGUGCAUCGCAGAAAAGGAUCUGAUUCCCCGAGACAGGCCAUUUGUGUGCGCACUCUCUGCCAAGGAUGGCAUAGUGACCAAACCGUAUUGCUGUGACAGAGAUCACUGCAAUAAGAUAGAGCUGCCCACCACAGGCCCUCCUCGCGAGAAGCCGUCUCCGAACCUAGGUCCGGUGGAGUUGGCCGCUGUCAUCGCUGGACCCGUCUGCUUCGUCUGCAUUUCCCUCAUGCUGAUCUUGUACAUCUGUCACAAUCGUCCCACCAUUCACAUCCGGGUUCCCAACGAAGAAGACCCCUCCUUAGAUCGCCCUUUUAUCUCCGAGGGCACUACGUUAAAAGACUUAAUUUACGACAUGACAACAUCGGGAUCGGGGUCAGGUUUACCCUUACUUGUUCAAAGGACAAUUGCAAGGACUAUCGUGUUGCAAGAAAGUAUAGGGAAAGGUCGUUUUGGAGAAGUCUGGCGAGGAAAAUGGCGAGGAGAAGAAGUUGCUGUGAAAAUAUUUUCCUCGAGAGAAGAACGGUCCUGGUUCCGUGAGGCAGAGAUUUAUCAGACGGUGAUGUUACGUCAUGAAAACAUUCUGGGAUUCAUCGCAGCUGACAAUAAAGACAAUGGUACGUGGACUCAGCUCUGGUUGGUGUCAGAUUAUCAUGAACAUGGAUCCCUUUUUGAUUAUUUAAACAGAUAUACCGUCACUGUGGAAGGAAUGAUCAAGUUAGCUCUGUCCACCGCCAGUGGACUGGCACAUCUUCACAUGGAGAUUGUCGGUACCCAAGGGAAGCCAGCUAUUGCCCAUAGAGAUUUGAAAUCCAAAAACAUCUUAGUCAAAAAGAAUGGGACGUGCUGCAUUGCCGACUUGGGAUUGGCAGUAAGACACGAUUCAGCCACAGAUACAAUCGAUAUUGCCCCGAACCACCGAGUGGGAACUAAAAGGUACAUGGCCCCUGAAGUUCUAGAUGAUUCCAUAAAUAUGAAACACUUUGAAUCAUUCAAACGAGCUGACAUCUAUGCAAUGGGAUUAGUGUUCUGGGAAAUAGCUCGGCGAUGUUCAAUUGGUGGAAUCCAUGAAGACUACCAGUUGCCUUACUAUGACCUGGUACCUUCGGAUCCCUCCGUUGAAGAGAUGCGGAAGAUCGUUUGUGAACAGAAGCUUCGGCCCAAUAUCCCCAACCGGUGGCAGAGCGGGGAAGCCUUGCGCGUGAUGGCCAAAAUUAUGCGGGAGUGUUGGUACGCCAAUGGAGCCGCGAGGCUCACGGCUUUGCGCAUCAAGAAGACUCUGUCACAGCUCAGCCAGCAGGAGGGCAUAAAAAUGUAAAUCCUCGGAUUCCAGCCGGCGAACGUUUUACAGCUCCAGAGCGGUCCCGGGCUCUUUUCUCGGAAGGCUCGGUGGCACCACCGCACCGAGGGAAGAGAAAGCUACAGCCAGCUUUCGAAACUUCAAAAGAACGCCCACUUGCCAACCCCGGGAUUUCUGCGGGCGCAGCCGACGGCUGGGUGGGUCCUCUCCGUGCACUAUGGACACCUCUUUCCCAGGACAAUUUACAGAACGGUGUAGACUCUAGCUUUAUUUUUAUUAACAUGAGACUUGUUUUUAAAAUGUUUAUUGCUGGUCUUAACUUUAGUUAAUGGCUGAAAAUCCGAAGAUCCUUUUUUCAAGAUAGUCUAGCGGGUUCACUAAAUUAUACAGUGCAUUACUGUUGGUUUUUUCGAGACGCGACUUCCUCUCGGUCAGUACAUUCUGAGUGUUCCGAUUCAGAGUUUGAAUGUGCCGCAGGAGAGACCUUUCCGGAUCUUACCCCAUCUUGAAAACUCUUAUCUCGAGUCGAAACGUCGACCUCAUGCGGUAGUGAGAACGUAAUUUAUGCAAUUAUAUUUUGGAUACUGUUAUUGUUCCUCCAUUUAUUUGAUACAUGACAUGCCUUCGAAAGAAUUACUACACCAGUAAGUGCCACUCUGUGUCUUUCUAAUGCAAAUUAGUGUAUAAAAAGCUCGUCGUUUCAACUUGAUAGUAGUCGAAUUCAAAGGUCCUCUUAGUUAAAAGAAGGAAUUUGCACCUUUUUUAUUUUUGGCCUUCUCAGAAUUCCUUUCAGACCACUGUGGAAACUAAGUAGCGUAUCCAUUCAGUUCGUGUUACGGUCACGUGAUGACGAUAAGUACGUUGCACGAUUGAGUUUUAAUCAUGAUUUCUAGUAAGAAUUAUAUUUUAUGAAGCGCGCUCUUUAAAUGCUCAGAGUAAGUUGUUAACGUCAAGGUAGUAGUCGGAAAUGUAAGUUCUAGGGAGCCUGAUUCUUCUGGGGCCUCAGGUCAACCCCCGGUAGCAGGCCAGCCCUCGUUAUGGCCUGAAAAGAGUUAAGGCUUCUCCUAAAGUGCCACCUUCAGAUCGGGAAUCCCUGACAGCCUGGGAAGAAUCAGACUCUCCCGGGAGAACUACUGGCUGGAAGCACCAAUUUUUAUUUUAUUUUUUGUCGGGGAGGAGGGGACGGAGAAGCGCGUAUUUUGCUCUCUUUUCCUCUGAGCAAAGAACAGUGUUACUUGGUGGGGAGGUGGGCGGGCGGGGGUGCGUGGAGCAUGAACUAAGUGGAAGUGAGUGUCACGCUCCUUGGGGUAAGAACGAGGCAAGGAGUCGGGGUGCGAGUCGUUUGUGUACCUAGAACCCAGGCGUCGGAGUUCCCGGGCCGCCCCCCGUUACCGAGGAACGUCGAGUGGCCGAACGGCGGCUCUCUGCCCGCCAGAAAGCUGCCGGCCGGGUCCGGCCCCGGCCCUGCGCGGCUGGUAGGUGGUGGGUCCAUCUGUCUAAGGAAUGAGCUGAAGCGGUUCCCGACACGUGCCCUGGUGGCAGGAAGGGACACCCGCCGGCCGACCAGGCGGGUUAUCCCCCCGCUGCCUCUGACGCACCCUGGAAGGGCAGUGGAGCGACGAUGGUGUGGCGGUUGCCCCGGGACCCGAGGAAAGGGUAGCCGUUAAGGCCACCCUCCCUUCAGAGAGGACGUUAGCCCGUUGCCCCGGAGUGGGAUUUUACAAAACUCGGUUCCUCAUCCGGAGCAGAAACACCACCAGUCCCGAGGAAGGCGUCGAGUCACUCCUGGGCUUGGCCGUGGGCGGACGCUCCAAAGCCAAACUGGGGACACAGAGGCAGGGAUCGUCUUGUACUCUCCCAAGCGCUCAGCACAGCGCCCUGCACGGUGAACGCCCGAUAAAUACUAUUAAUUGAUGGGCGGAAUGGGGCUUAGGGAUGUUCCGCAAGCAGAAGCUUUCUGCGCUUUAUUUCUAAUGCUGGAGAUUCUUUCAGGGCUGUGGGAGUUUUCUUUUUCUUUCUUUUUUUUUUUUUUUUUUUACAACUUUCAGAGUCAUUUUUAUCACUGUGACCUUGUUCUCACCAACAAAAAUGCCUCUUCCAGCGACUUUGAAGUUAGGGUUGCUAUCGAGGCGGGGGGAAUGAACCCACGUAAAAAUAAACCUUGCAACAUUGGGCUGGGGAGGGGAGAGAUAGGAGACGGAUAGGUGAGCGGUAGACCUGCUGACCGUCGCCCGAGUUGCUCACAGAACAGCCUGAAUUAGUGCUUCGGGAAUUUUGCAAACCCCAAGGCUGAUGUUCAGUCACGUUUGCUCUCGAACCAAAGUGAUAUUGGAGCAAAGUGUGACAUCCCAUAGAGCAUUUUCAGUUCAGCUGCAGAAGCUGAGCAUGGGGAGGCAAAGGGAUUCGAAACCAGCAGGCUCCAGGCCUUCCCUCCAGCCUGGCCCUAACUCGAGGUGGUUUUUUGUUUUCUCUUUCUCAUCGCAGUUCCCGGGAUCUCAUCUCUCCUGUGACUGAGACCGCGAUUCAUUGCCUUAGCUGUUAACCGUGGCCUGUUUAGUCGUCGUUUCUCUCUGUUACUGCGUCAGAGAUUUGGAUGUUUUUGGUUUUUUUAAUGUGAGAUUUAGAACCUCACCAGAUCCGCUUUAGGGUAUCCUGGGGGGACCGGGGCAUUCUGACCCUCGAAUCCUUGUCGAUCAUUUGAAGGAUGUGCUGAAGUUUCUAUUCUGACCCCCCAUGGCGUGAUUCUGGGGAUUUUAUGGGACGUGUGCACAUGCGCGAGAUUCUGCGCCUUCAGCAGAUGGCAUGUUUCUCUCUGGAAGCUUGAUUUCAGCUCAGACUGUUCGUGUCCAGGCAGAUCUCAAUCCAUUUGAGAAAUCGCAGUUCGGACCAGUAAGCCUCUCGUUCGGUUCUUAUUUGGGCCGACGCGUAGACCGGAGCUCUUGUCGGGGGCCCGUGUGUGGUUUAUUGAGCCGAAGAUGAGCGAGUGUGAGAUGUUGACAGUAACUGUAGGUGGGCCCAGCCGGCCCCGGGGGAAGUGACUUGGAUCCGUUCGGUUGGGCAUUCGGACCUGCCCCGUGGAAGCGUCCAACUUGAGCGGGUCAACUCGUACCUCGAGAGCUUCGCCCCUGGGCGUACUAAAAUGGCUGCGGAAGGUCUCAGGCCGCCUUGCGCACCGGCCUCCAUCUUAAAUAUGCCCACUGGGUCGCCCUGGCAGGGUAACCCAGAUCCGGUCUCCGCGGGCUCUAGUCCCCACGAGGUCUGGAGAGGCCGGACGUCCCGUGGCCGCGACUGGGGUGGGGGAAGGUCAUUCGGUGGACGCUGCAGCCCCCUAAGCUCAGACGGCACAGCAACGGUUGCAUUUCCGUUGCGUUUCCUGCAACGGGCUCCGGUUGAAUUCGCCGGCGGUGGCUGCGGCACGGUGAGGAGGCAGAGGCCUGAGGUGCCCCGCCGCCGCCCUCACCCCAGUUGGAGGAGUUCCCCGUCCGCCUUGGCCCUCCCCACUGCCCAUUGCAAGAACUGAAAAUGGAAGGGGGUGGCCGGGGGCUCGGUGCUCUUUCGAUUCCAGUUCGGCUGAGAGGCAAAAUCAUUAUCCUGCCCAGUUGGGAGAGAGAGGCGUGAGGGCUGGUUCGGGGUUGAAAACCAACAGUACUGCCCUGGUACGCCAAGCUUCGCCGGGAUCUUGGAGAUGGCUGGGCAGGCGGCCUCCUGCCCCGGAUAGAACCACCUCCCCGCUGCGAGAAGAAAAUCCCCUUCUUCAUCUCGGCCGGGACUGGCCGCCUCGGGGUUGGCUCUGAGGGUGCAGAAAAGCUAGCGCGUCGAUGAUCGUCAAUCUUUAAUAAGAUCUGUAAAUCAAGUGCCAUGACAGAUUGUUUUUUUAACUAUUCCCUUUCUUUCAAUGUGCCAUUGAACCGACUCCGAGGGUGUCUGGAAUAACUCCGUACGGAAAAGAAAAAGCUUCAGUUUGUCUAUUGCUUUAAACUUAAAUUACCUCUCAAACGACCAAGGUACAUUUACCUCAUCGUGUACAUAAUGUUUGAUAUCUGUCAGAGUAUUCUCCAGGUUUGCGGUUGUGUUUCUAUCCCAAAUGGACAUUACAUCGCUAAAUUUACAACUUCAAUGGUACUGUCUGUUUCUAUCGUGCCCAGAUAUGACACUGUCUAUACUUUCUAUUUUCUGUAUUUUAUUGUAUUUUUGCAAGUCGUUUGCUGCUUUGUCAGUGUAGCGUUUGCCCUUCCAGAGUCAAUUUUACAGUUUUGAGUGAUACAUUUGAGAAGCCUGUACAGAUGAGUUUUUUCUUUUAUAUAAAAUCCUUAGAGAACUGUGCAUUUCCCCAUGAGUUUCUGAAAAUGAUGUACUAUUGUAUUUUGUAGAACAUACACUACAAUGGAGUGUAAAUAGAAAGUAGAAGAGUGAUGCUUACGUUAAGUGCUAACACUACAGUAGAAGGGUUAAAGCAAUGCAAUAAAUUUACUUUUUUUCAAAAGUA